CUAACCCAUUCCGGCGAACAGCAUCAACCCUAAUCUAGUUCAUUAUAGUAAACCAAAUAUGUUUUUCCUUGAAAACCGGCGUUAAUUAUGGUCCGAAUCCAAUCCCUUUGAUUUGAUUUCUGCUGACGGCCUAUCUUUGAACUUGAGUAAACCCUAAUUAAGCGCCGCAGCAAAUACUCGCCGGCCGGCAACUGCCCUCCAAAUCGCCGCCUACUAUGAGCGACGAAAUUCCGGAGGAAUUGAUCACUGGCAUCUUAUCCAAGCUUCAGGUCAGCUCAUCCAUCGCCCGAUUCCGCUGCGUCUGCAAAUCAUGGCGCCGUCUCCUCUCCGACCCAUCUUUCAUCCGCAAGAACAAUCUCGCUUCCUCUGCUUCCGAUCAUCAAUUCAUGGUCGAGUGGACUGACCGCACCGGCGACGUUUUUCGGCACGUUCACCGCUUGAUCUCUCCCGACACGCUGGAGCCCCUCCUUCCCUCUCCCCUUCAGCUCCCCUUCGAUCAAAACAGGCCCCGUAGAGCCGGCGAUUGUCCAAGUUUCAGCGUUGUAGGAUGCUGCAACGGCCUGCUCUGCAUCGUCGAGUACCGCGGCAGAAAGGACGAGGAUCUAAUCCUCUGGAACCCGGCGACCUCCGAAUUCAGAGUCCUCCCGCCUUCCCCCGUCGCCAAUCCGAGUCGCGAAUUUUUGAUCGGCGCGGUGGGGUUUGGUUUCGAUUCGGAAAGGGACGACUACAGAAUCGUCAGACAGUUUUUCUUCGACGAAUUAGGUAUCGGGAGACGUCACUAUAUCUCGGAGGUAUAUAGUUUGAGGAACAAUUGCUGGUGGAGAUUGCCUGACGGCGGCUGCCCGCUGCUCGGCUCUUGGAGGAUCCCGCAGUGCCGUAAGGGGAAGAUGUACUGGUGGCGCUCGACGGGGCAGAGCAAGGGUUUGGUGUUCGAUUCGUUCGACAUUGCGAGCGAAUUGUUCGAAGUAGUCGAGGUGCAUUAUGAUUCGGAGAAACCUUACGAUACUCCGAAUUGUUUGCUGAACGAGGAAUCGAUGGUGGCUGUCUUCCCCGAGUACUACGAGGAGAACCAAGACGAGUACGGAGACAGAAAGUUUAGCACGUCGUGGGACGUCUGGGUGCUGUUGAAGUACUGGGUGUCGGAGUCUUGGAUGAAACUGUACGUCGUUACGAGUCCUCCCGGGAUGAUCAUUGAGAGUUGCGUUGGACUUUCGAGUGGUUUGAAGUAUUUCUUCAACACGGUUCCUACUGAUAUGGUCGACGAACAUGGGGACUACUCGGGAGAUCGCAGCCUAAUCCCAUUUCAUCUCGAGACUGGAGAGUUCGGCGAUGUUCUAAUCGAAGGAAUUUGUGUAAAGGUCAUUACGAAUUAUGUACCCUCUCGAGUUUCUCUGCAAGAUUACCUUCCGCAGUCUCCAAACAUAAUCAGCAAUGUCUCUGAUUUCUACCAUCACAAACUGAUGGAGAUCGAUACUUGGGAUUCUAUCUUUGAUUUGUAAUUUUGAGUAUAGAAAAUGAUCCAUCAUUCUUUGCUGCUUUCUCUGUGAUGUUUAAACAUUAUCAGCAACUACUCCUAGGGCUUGGAUGGCACUGCAGCAAGUUCAUUGCUGGUCUGCAAGUUGUAUCCAGAGGCACUAACUAACCAUUAUCGGGCUUCAAUCGAUCAAUGCUUGACAGAUUCCUCAUCGUCAUCUUCAAUAUCCCAGCACAGAUCCUCCUCUUCCUCGGCAUAACCCAACCGCUUCCUCAAAUCAACUCGACUUACGGCUGCUGUAUUCCCAACCCCUGCAGCCUUCUCUCCGUUGUUAUUGCUGCAGUCUCCAUUGCCUCUACUAUCUUCAAUUUCAUCCCAACUCGUAUCCUCUAUCUCGGGCAACAAGGACUGCUGGCUCGACACGACUGAAACGUCACUGUACUUGCAGGGCUCACCGCCAUUAUUUGGCUGCUUUGAUUGUCCCCAAAUCCACCCCCAACCUUGGUCCCUUCACUCUCUAAAUCAGUACCAGCUCCAUCAUUCAGCCGGUGAGAAAGAAACAUCAUUUUUGAAAGAGAGACUCGUCUCAUUGUGAUCGCGAAGAAAUUUUUGUGUAUCAU